AAAAAACAUUUGUACAGUAGCCAUCGAAUAAAGCUGCAUGCGGAUGGCCCCUUCCCCUCCCCCUUCCACCUCGCCGAUCACCCCCACGGCGACCGUAACCACCACUGCUUCCCCCUCAAAUCCGGCCUCCUACAGCCCCUCGCAGCCCCUCCUGACACUAGAUCCAUGCUCUCCCAACUCCGACCCAUCCCGAGAACCCCCGAUCUGCUCGCCACACCAGUCGUCGCGCCCCCAAUCGCCUCCACCCCCGCCGCCUCCCCCCGGCGUUCUCGACUCCAAUCCAUCGCCGUCCUCCCAGAUCCCGCCCUUGGACCCACUUUUCCUCAACGUGCAGGAGCCAACUCGCUACUGCCCAGCUCCAAAUGGGUCCGAUUCGCCUUUACUCUGCCCUCACCCCAAGCCAACCACCGCGCUGGGCGAAUUCUAUCGCCGGUCAAAUCCAUCCUCAAGCCAGCAUUCACUGUUGUUCGCUCCACCUCGACCGACCACCACUCCCAAGUUGCAAAGGCGAAACAUCCACUCCUCACAGCCUCUGAGGCCUCCGACCGCGCAGUCAAGCUGUGGGAACCUCGCUCCUAGUGGCAUAUCUGGGAGGAGCGCAAGGAAGACCCAGAUGGAUGGAGAACGGUGCAUCCAAGAUAUUGGUGGUGUCAAAGAGGCAUCAAGGAGAGGCCCGUUUCAAAUCGCACAUCUACCCCGAGCCUCAGUCAGCGUGAGUGACACUUCGGUGAAUUCAUGGCAAAGAUGCAAGGUAAAUGCUUUCGAUGUCUGGCCAGAGGACAUCUUGCUUCUGUGUGCAGGGACCCCAUAAAGUGCAUCUCCUGUGGCUGCUCCGGGCACAAGGCCCGCUGUUGCACUGCGCUACUCUCCACCACCGCGAAGCAACUCCCAUCGCCUCCCCCGCCAUCGCCCUCAAGCGCCUCUAAGUUUCCACCGCUGCCUGGCUCGAUGCCGCGCUAGGGUGACCCAGCCUCCAGGCUGACGGAGGACUUCACCGUGGCCACCACCACGCGCGACAUGGACCGCGAGCUCGCGUAGCUCACCAGCUUGGCGGUGCUCGAGUGGCUUCGCCCGGACCGGCCGGAUGUCAGCCUUGAGAUCAUCAAGGCGGCGUUCUGCUUGAAGUUCGGGAUUCGGCCAAUGGACAUCAUCAUUGCCAAGCACUACCCUGAGGACUUCCUCAUCGACUUCAAGCACCGCCACCACCGCGACGCUGCAGUUGCACUCGGGAGCUUCCUGCACGGCAGCCUCGAUAUCCACAUCCAACCUUGGCAGUUUUCAACGCACGACGACCAAGUUGACCUCAAGCACCAUGCUCGCUUCUGCCUGGAAGGAGUACCUCUACAUGCCUGGAUAGAGGACAUCGCCCACAAGAUUGUUGCUAGCUCCUGCGACCUCCACUACAUUGAGGGGUCCUUGCUACGCAGAGAGGAUGCCCGGACACUCAACCUUUGGGCAUGGACAAAGAAGCCGUCUCUCAUCCCAAAGGUGGUGCGACCUCACGUCACGACUAGUGCCCGGCUUCAUCGUCGGUGAAGGCAAGUGAUUGUAGCGAAUGGCUACGCUUUAACCUCUUAUUGGGUUGCCUACAUUCUUUAAUUACAAUGCAUUCAUCUAAUCUUAAUAACUGAUUAUGAGCUAGUUACUAUGUUGUUUACUUUUCUAGAAGUUUACUCGAUGAUUGAUUUAUGAAGUGCAGUAAGCACGAUAUGCCAUUCUGCAGUUGUUCAUUAUUGUUUUAUGCAAUGUUUUUUUGAAGUCUCAAGCAUAUUCCAGGAGUUAUGUUAGUUAUGCUUGAAGCACGUCAUGCAUAUACAUCUCAUGCAUUGGAAGUUUGUCGUCAUCUUCUGGCUACGACCGUACCGGUACAGCAUCGUAUGUCACCUGAGGAGGGGUACGGUGCACACCCUUACGUUACCCGAUGAGGGGUAAGGGUGAGGAGAGCAUGUCAUGUGCAUGGUUAUGCCUUCUUAUGAAAUUCAAUGAGUUAUUCGCAUCAAAUCUUAUUUCCUUUAGUUAGCUUGUAUAUAGAUAUAUAUGCGGCUCCGAAGGCUUAUACCAACCAAAUGUUAAAAUGAUUAAUGUUACCGUUGGACUUGCUUAGUCAUAAUUGUUUCUCCUAGUGUUGGCGGUCUGUUUCAUUACUAGUUUCUAUUUAGAAUUGUUAGCACAUUCAACUGUGGCUAAAUAGCUUUUUGUUAAAGUACCUUUCACUUGCUGAGAUUUUUGAAUCUCACCCGUGCUUUCUUUCCAGGUUCCUUUUGAGAUGUCAAUCGCUUGCGGGAUGGGUAGCUACACGUCGCCUGCGCGUUCACCUUCUCUCUUGGCCUAAACUUGAUGUCCUGUUAGAUAUUGUCUUUUGCCCUGUAAUGUAUAUAGUGAGUUUGAUGGUGGUUCAGUUGUAUGGUCGAGGCUUGUACCUCGUUUGCUAGGAUCUUUAUUUUGCUAGUGUGAUAUUCUAUAUCUGUUCUAUCUGGUUUGUUGUUGCCUGUUAUACCUCCACUUUCAGGAGAGGUGCUGCCGAAAUUUUCCCUUAGCUUUCGGCAGAUUUGUAGGUUGGUCUUAGUGACCUUCCGGGCUUGUUUCGGUCCCCGGGGUGUUACAUAGGGACCCUCCUUCAUCGACCGGAUCACCCAUCAGACGACACCACCAAGUCUGAUGCGCCAGAAAGCUAGCAAGUCUGCCGGUACGCCGCAGUGCCUGGUUAGCUGCAAGGUCCUGGCCACGAGGAGACCCCAACGCGUGCGCUCACCAAGUCCUGAUGAAGAAGCUCAGCAUCACCAGCCAGGUAGGCGAAUCAAUGGAGGAGAUGCUCCAACGCUACUUCAACUUGUUUCGUGGUCCUCUGUUCGACCUCGUCAUCAAGGCACUCAUAGCGCUGUGCGGCCUAGAUGGCUCCACAACGUCUGCUAGCACGAAGGCAGCGUGAUCGACGGUCAUGCAUUGGGUGCUACACCCCUCCUCCAUGCCACACUUCGCUCUGUUUCGUUGCCAAGGACGGGCCCUUCCUUUGUGUCUAUUUGUAGUCAUCAGUCGCGGCUAUGUCCGCCAACCGUGUCAUGUUUG